ACGAUAGGAAUGAUUCAAUUGCUGGUGAUGCUUCCAGUCCAGUGAUGGUAAAUGGCAAAAGAUUGAGUUUGGUGGAUAAAUUGAACACACCGGUUUGUCGAGCAGAUAGAACUAUUGACAGUAAGAUUACAACAGAAGAAGAGCUAAGAGAAUAUUCCCCAUGCUUGCUUGAAAAUACCAUGGAGCAAAGCAACAAUAAAUUUGAUAAGGGAAAAGAUGCAUCUGCUGGACUUGAUGGCCAUAUGGAAGAGGAGGGCGAUGAUAUGCAGCUGGAUGUUUUAAUCUCUGAUCAGCCAGAUACUGGAGUUGAAGAUCCAACUUCUGGUUGUAGGGUUCCCAUUGGAACAGAAGGCUUGGCUCGCCCAUAUGGUAGUGACAUGCCUCAAAAUCAUAGUAGUUAUGGAAUUGAUAUUGAUGCUAACUUACAUGGUCCUGACGAUGUUUUGCAAGAUGAGGCGGCCAUUCCAGCACAAGAAGUGGUAGUUGAUGUGGGGGCUUCUAAAGGUAUAAUUUUGGUGCCGCAGACUUGACCGAGAUUCUCUCCUUGCAUUUAUUGCACUGUACUAAGGGAUUACAUCUAUACCAUGUUGCUUGUUGCUGCUUAAACUUUCAUGCAUGUGAAAUUGCAUUUCUCAAGAGAAUGUGUGAUAUCCUUUAGUUUUUUAGCAUCUAAUAGGACUUGUGGUAAUUCAAUUUUCCACCAGC